AUGACACAAAAAUCCGUUCUCGUCACCGGCGCCAGCGCCGGCAAAAUCGGUCACGCCCUCGUCCUUGCCUUCCAACAAGCAGGAUUCCUCGUAUUUUCCUGCGUGCGCGAUGCCUCUGCAUCCGACGACCUUGCAAAAAUGCCCAACGUACACAUCAUUACGCUAGAUAUAACAUCCUCUGCAUCCAUCACUGCAGCCGUGGAAAUCGUGAGAGAUCGUACUUCUGGUGCGGGCUUGGACGUUCUGAUGAAUAGCUGCCGAGUGGAAUUCGUCAUGCCGUUACUGGAUUAUGAUGUACGUGAGGGAAAGAGACUUUUUGAUAUUAAUGUUUGGGGUACUUUGGCUAUGAUUAAGGCUUUUACUCCGCAGCUUGUGGGGAAUAAAGGGAUGGUGGUUAAUAUGAGUUCGAUUGCGGGGUUUAUUCAUAGUCCUUGGCUUGGACUCUACGCGGCAUCCGAAUCCGCGCUCAAUACUCUGAGCGAGACUCUCCGUCUAGAAUUGGCACCUUUCAAUGUAAAGGUCUUAACCAUAGUAUCAGGCGCCGUCAAAGCCGAUAUCUAUAAGAAACCUGGAGAAUUUAGCUUACCCCCUGAUUCUAUAUACGCACCGAUCGCAUCCAAGGUGGCCGAUGUUGCCGAGGGGAAAACAAAUCCAGAGAUGAUGGAAACUCAUGCGUAUGCUUUGAAGGUAGUAGCCGAUGUGUUGAAAGAGAGAAAUGGACUUGUGUACAGGGGUAAUUGGGCAACCGUGACACAUAUUCUUAGUUGGUCUCCAUCAUUUAUCCUGGAUGGAAUAGUUUCAGCGAAACGAGGUCUGGAUGAGCUUGCUAAGUACCUGAAAGGCUAG